UCAUUUUCUGUCUCUUUUAGGGUCUUACAUGUUGGUGAACUCCUCCCAGCAUGCCGCAGGCCAUCGCGCUCAGUUCCUGCUGCAGACGCUGAGUGAAAACGACACGCACUGCGUCCAGUUCAGCUACUUCCUGUACAGCCGCGACGGCCACAGUCCCGGAGUGCUGCGAGCGUACGUGAGAGUCAACGGCGGCCCGCUCGGGAAUCCGGUGUGGAAUGCAUCGGGGUCUCACGGCAAACAGUGGCACCAGGUGGAGCUGGCCGUCAGCACCUUCUGGCCCAACGAAUAUCAGGUGCUGAUCGAGGCCACCGUUUCCAGGGAGCGACGAGGUUACAUCGCCGUAGAUGACAUCAUGGUGCUCAACUACCCCUGUUAUAAGGCUCCACACUUCUCCAGAUUAGGAGACGAGGAGAUCAACGCUGGUCAGAAUGCUUCUUUCCAGUGUGUUGCUGCUGGAAGAGCGUCCGAGGCUGAGAAGUUCCUGCUGGAGAGACACAACGGAGACCUUUUAACAAUGGCGGCGGUCAAGCACCUGAGCCAUCGGCGCUUCAUUGUGUCUUUUCAGCUAGACGGCGUCCAGCGAUCUGAUCAGGACCUUUACCGCUGCGUUACUCAGUCCCCUAGGGGCUCAGGGGUCUCCAACUUCGCUGAGCUGGUCGUGAAAGUACCUCCGUCCCCCAUUGCGCCGCCUCAGCUGCUGCGCGCCGGCUCCACUUACCUGAUCAUCCAACUCAACACCAACUCCAUCCUGGGAGACGGGCCCAUCAUCAGGAAGGAGAUCGAGUACCGAGCCAGCCAGUCACCGUGGUCAGAGGUGCACGUGGUCAGUAUGGCCACCUAUAAGAUGUGGCACCUGGAUCCAGACACAGAAUACCACAUGAGCGUUCUGCUAACCCGGCCCGGUGAAGGCGGGACCGGCCCUCCUGGACCUCCUCUCGUGAGCCGAACCAAGUGUGCAGAGCCCAUGCGUCCGCUCCGAGGCCUCGUCGCCUCAGAUGUCCAGUCCAGGCAGCUGUCCCUGCAGUGGGAGAAUCUGGCGUUCAACCUGACACGCUGCCACACCUACUCAGUGUCCCUGUGCUACCGCUACACCAUGGCAGGAGGAGGCGGAGGCCACAACACCACCGUGCGCGAGUGUCUGGCCGUGGAGAACAAUUCCUCACGCUUCACGCUUCGUGAUCUGCCGCCGUACCACGGCAUCCACGUCCGUCUGUCGCUGGCAAACCCGGAGGGCAAGAAGGAGGGCAGGGAGGUCAGCUUUCAGAUGGAGGAGGACAUUCCCGGAGGCAUCGCACCGGAGUCGCUCACCUUCAGCCCCCUGGAUGACAUGAUCUUCCUAAAGUGGGAGGAGCCUGUGGAGCCUAAUGGACUGAUUACCCAGUAUGAGAUCAGUUACCAGAGCAUCGAGUCAUCCGAUCCGAGCAUCAACGUCCCAGGACCCAGAAGAACGGUGUCCAAGCUCCGGAACGAGACCUACCACAUGUUCUCCAACCUUCACCCAGGAACAACGUACCUGAUCUCCGUUCGAGCUCGUACAGCCAAAGGCUUUGGUCAGACCGCCUUAACGGAAAUCACCACCAACAUCUCAGCUCCUACCUUUGAUUAUGGAGACAUGCCGUCACCGCUGGGCGAGACUGAGAGCACCAUUACUGUGCUGCUGCGCCCCGCUCAAGGCAGAGGAGCCCCCGUCAGCACUUACCAGGUGGUGGUUGAGGAGGAGACCGUGAAGAAGGUGAAGCGGGAGCUGGGCCUUCAGGAGUGUUUCCCGUUGCCCAUGUCUCACGGCGAGGCUCAGGCCCGAGGCACCCCGCACUACUACACAGCCGAGCUGCCCCCCAGCAGUCUGCCAGAGGCCAGCCCCUUCACCGUCGGGGACAAUCACACCUACAACGGCUACUGGAACAGCCCGUUGGACCCUCGCAAGAGCUACCUCGUCUACUUCCAGGCUAUGAGCAACUUCAAAGGGGAAUCCAGAAUAAACUGCAUCCGCAUCGCUCGAAAAGCGGCCUGCAGAGAUCACCGUAAGGCUCUGGAGGUGUCCCAACACUCUGAAGAGAUGGGGCUGAUUCUGGGUGUGUGCGCCGGAGGACUGGUGGUCCUGAUCCUUCUGCUCGGCGCCGUCAUCAUCAUCAUUAAAAAAGGAAGGGACUACUACUCUUAUUAUCCGAAACCUGGGAACAUGAAUAAGACUCCCAUUACCUACAGGCAGGAGAAGAGCCACAUGGGCUCCCUGGAGCGCAGCUUCACGGACCAGAGCACCUUACAGGAGGAUGAAAGACUGGCUCUUUCCUUUAUGGACGCGCACACGUGUGGCACACGAAGUGAUGCUCGUAGUUCAGUGAAUGAGGCCAGCAGCCUGCUGGGAGGCUCCCCGAGGCACCAGUGUGGUCGUAAAGGCUCCCCCUACCACACGGGGCAGCUCCACCCCGCCGUGCGAGUGGCUGACCUCCUCCAGCACAUCAACCAGAUGAAGACUGCCGAGGGCUACGGCUUCAAACAGGAGUAUGAGAGCUUCUUUGAUGGCUGGGACUGCACCAAGAAGAAGGACAAAACCAAAGGGAGGUGUGACACCUUGCUGGGAUAUGACCGCCACAGAGUGAAGCUCCACCCUCUGCUGGGAGAUCCCAACUCAGACUACAUUAACGCUAACUACAUCGACAUUCGGAUUAACAGGGAAGGCUACCAUCGAUCCAACCAUUUCAUCGCCACUCAGGGGCCCAAGCAGGAGACUCUGUAUGAUUUCUGGAGGAUGGUGUGGCAGGAAAACUGUUUCAGCAUCGUCAUGAUCACUAAGCUGGUGGAGGUUGGCAGGGUGAAGUGCUGUAAAUACUGGCCUGAUGACAGCGAGAUGUACGGCGACGUCAAAAUUACUCUGCUGAAGUCAGAAACGCUGGCCGACUACACGGUUCGGACCUUUGCCCUGGAGAGGAGAGGAUACUCCGCAAAGCACGAGGUUCGUCAGUUUCACUUCACAUCCUGGCCGGAGCACGGGGUGCCGUACCACUCCACCGGGCUGCUGGCUUUUAUACGAAGAGUGAAAGCUUCUACGCCGCCUGACGCUGGUCCUGUGGUGGUCCACUGCAGCGCCGGCGCGGGACGCACCGGCUGCUACAUCGUGCUGGACGUCAUGUUGGACAUGGCCGAGUGUGAAGGCGUGGUGGACAUCUACAACUGUGUGAAAACGCUCUGCUCUCGACGCAUCAACAUGAUCCAGACUGAGGAGCAGUAUAUCUUCAUCCAUGAUGCCAUUCUAGAGGCCUGCCUAUGUGGAGAGACGGCCAUCUUGGUGAACGAGUUUGCCGUCACUUAUAAGGAGAUGCUACGGGUGGACUCUCAGAGUAACUCCUCUCAGCUGCGGGAGGAGUUUCAGACGCUCAACUCGGUGACUCCCCACCUGGACGUGGAGGAGUGCAGCAUCGCCUUGUUGCCGAGGAACCGAGAGAAGAACCGCAGCAUGGACGUGCUGCCGCCCGACCGCGCCCUGGCCUUUCUGGUCACCACAGAGGGAGAAAGCAACAAUUACAUCAACGCCGCGCUCGCCGACAGCUUCCACCGGCAAGCUGCCUUCAUCGUGACCCCGCACCCUUUACCCGGUACCACGGCCGACUUUUGGAGGCUGGUGUUUGACUACGGCUGCACCGCAGUGGUCAUGCUCAACCAGCUCAACCAGUCCAACUCUGCCUGGCCGUGUGUUCAGUACUGGCCAGAGCCCGGUUUACAGCAGUACGGACCCAUGGAGGUGGAGUUCCUGUCCAUGUCAGCAGACGAGGAAGUCAUCACUCGCCUGUUUCGAGUCAAGAACAUCACAAGGCUCCAAGAGGGCCAGCUGGUGGUGUGUCAGUUCCAGUUCCUGCGCUGGUCGGCGUAUCGUGACGUUCCCGACUCCAAGAAGUCUUUCCUCAACCUGCUGGCUCAAGUGCACAAGUGGCAGAGGGAGUGUGGAGAAGGACGCACUGUUGUGCACUGCCUCAACGGUGGUGGUCGUAGUGGGACCUUCUGUGCCUGCAACAUCCUGCUGGAGAUGAUCCAGUACCAGAACAUGGCGGACAUCUUUUAUGCUGUCAAGACUCUACGCAACUGCAAACCCAACAUGGUGGAGUCUCUGGACCAGUACCGCUUUUGCUAUGACCUCGUCCUCGAGUACUUGGACUGCUUUGAAGGCAGAUAGCAACUAAAGGUUCACGACAGCAGCUGUGUCCCGUAUGCUGAGGAUUUGCUGUGGGGCGACCCGGUGACACCCCCACUUCUUCAGUGUUUGGACCUUUAGACUUUUGGGGGAGUUGAAGAAAACCUCGAUGGAGAUUUAAAAUGUUAACCUUUAAUGUACAGUUGUGGUUUCCUCCUAGUUGGUGGUCUUUUGCUCUUGGAUUUUAGUUGUUUUUGGUCCACUUUGCAUCGGACUGAAUCUGUUGAGCUGAGGAUUUCGGUAGCAGCGAAGCUGGCUGCUCUUCAUCGUUUCAUUUCAACACUGAGGAUGUUAUUUCCAGAGUUACACACUUUUCUCUGAGGAAUGGCAUGACCUCCGUACAAAACCAUAAACUGCCUUAUUGUUCAAUGUUAGAAUCUGUACAAAACAGCAACAAAGCAUUUUAUGGACGAGCAGCACCAGAACCGACCUGCCUGGUCGUCAUCAGUAUUGAGGCAUUAACUGUACAGUGUUGCUUUGUAUCGUAUUUUGCCAUAACGUGUAUGCUGGAAUAGCAUGUGUGUUGGGAUUAGGCAGCGGUUGUGUCUCAUUACUCUUCCUGUGCCAAUCCCACUGACUGACUUGAAUCCUUUAUUUUGUUCUGCAAACAAAACAAACAGUGAUGGAUUUAUGAAGCAGGAACCAGCGCUGAGACGCCGUCGUGCCGAUGCCCCCCUGAACGAUGUGGUGACGUGCUUCACCGGCACCAUGCUGCAGAAUUUAACUGGUUUUAACUGGUUUUACUAAUCUGAUGUUUGAGGUGCUUGGUUGUUCUGUAAAAGCCAGGUUGAACGUGAUCAUUUCAGAUGUGAGAGCUCGUUGACAUGAAGUUAGCUGCUGUUAGCGACAUGAAAUCAUUAAAAUGUAUCAAACAUAAA